AUGACCGUCGCCCCUCCAUCUCCCGAGUCCCACACUCUCGAUGGGCGUGAGGGAAGCACAGAGAUACCCAUCCUCACCAACGAAACCACAGAAACAGACUCUCGACCGCAACGAACGCCAGCCAUCUCCGACUACUUUCGAGUGUUCACCUAUGCGACAAAAUGGGACUUUUGCGUCUACGCCAUCGCCUCGGUGGCUUCCAUCGGCGCUGGUAUCACCAUGCCCCUCAUGAACAUCGUCUUUGGUCAGCUCGUCGGCCAGUUUACGGACUACUUUAAGGACUCGUCCACUAUGUCGCCGGACAAGUUUAAGAGUAUUCUCAAUAAGCAAGCUCUGUACAUCAUGGCGCUCUUCCUGGGCCGUUGGACUUUGAACACCAUCAACAAGUACUGCUUUAGGAUGAUUGGUAUCCGACUUUCAUCUGCCAUCCGUCUUCACUACAUCCGCUCGCUCUUCUCUCAGUCCAUUCACGCUAUCGACUCGAUGCCCGCCGGAGCGCCUGCCACUGCCAUCACUUCGACGUCCAACACCUUGCAAGUCGGCGUUUCCGAGCGUCUGGGAACCUUUCUCGAGUACAACGGUACUAUCUGGGCGUCACUGAUCAUCGCAUUUGUCUGGAGCUGGGACCUUACCUUGGUGACGUCCUCACUGGUCCUGUACAUUCUCAUUGUCUUGGCGGUGGUUCUACCAUUGAUAGUCAAGGGCCAGUCUGCUACUUCUGCGGCCGAUGCUGAGGGUACGGCUGUUGCGAGUGAAGCACUCGAACGUAUUCGUCUGGUCAUGGCUUGUGGUGCUCAAUCACGCAUCAUCUCUCGCUACAGGGAGUGGGUGGAAAAGGCCAUGAAGGAGGGCCACAAGGUCGCCCCAGUUGCAGGUCUCCAGUUUGGCCUAGUGUUCUUUGGUAUCUUUGGCGCCUUUGGCCUUGCCUUUUGGUACGGUACUCAACGAUAUGCCGCCGGUGCCAUGAGCAGCCCUGCUCCCGUCAUCAUCGUGCUCAUGUCAGUUAUGUUGGUCCUCACCGCCAUGGAACGAAUCUCGACACCUCUCCUGGCCGUCAGCAAGGCCAUGGUCGCCGCAUGCGAAUUAUUUGCCGUCAUCGACGCACCACUCCCUGCCUCUGGAGACCUCAAGCCGGAUAUCACUUCUGAAGAUCUUAUCUUUGACAACGUCACCUUUGAGUAUCCUAGCCGACCCGGUGUCAGGAUCUUGGACGGACUUAAUCUUCGCAUUCGAUCGGGACAGAACACUGCCCUUGUUGGACCCUCGGGAUCUGGAAAGAGCACGGUUGUGGGCCUGUUGGAGCGAUGGUAUUCUUUGAGCAACCACCAAGUUCUGCCGCAGGUUAUCGAGGCCAACAAAGACAAGAAAGAUGAGGAGAAGGAUAAGCCGGAAGAGAGCGAGAAGCAAGAAGGCCCUCUGAAUCCCACCAUGGGUGGCAAAGUCACAGUCGGCGGUCACAACCUCGAGGAGCUAAACCUCAAGUGGUGGAGAGCUCAGAUCGGUCUGGUUCAACAAGAGCCUUUCCUUUUCAACGACACCAUCUUCAAGAAUGUUGCCAACGGUCUUGUUGGAACCGAGUUUGAAGAUGCGCCCGAGGAGAAGAAGCGAGAGCUGGUCAAGGAAGCUUGCCAAGAAGCCUAUGCUGACGAGUUCAUCAACCGCCUGCCAGAUGGAUACGAUACCAAGGUCGGUGAUGGUGGCGCCAAGAUGUCCGGAGGCCAAAAGCAACGUCUAGCCAUCGCCAGAAGUAUUAUCAAGAAGCCUCAGAUCAUCAUUCUCGACGAAGCCACCAGUGCCAUUGACGCCAAGAGUGAAAAGAUCGUCCAAGCUGCCCUUGACAGAAUCACCCAGAACCGCACUUCCAUCACCAUCGCCCAUCGACUGUCUACCAUCAAGAAGGCCGACAACAUCAUUGUUCUUCAGAAGGGUCGCGCUGUUGAAGAGGGUACACACGCAAGCCUCAUGGAAUUGUCGGGAGUGUACAGUGCCUUGGUCCAGGCUCAGUCACUGCGAUUCGGCGAUAAACCAGAAGGCGAGACUCCGGUGGUGUCUGAUGCCGAAUCAGAGAAGAUGGGUCAUCUGGACGAUGUGAACCGGGUCUCUACAACCAUCGAGGAGAGUCAAACGAAUGAGCCGGUAGAGCCUCGAAGCUUGGCCCGUAGCUUCGGAAGGCUUCUCUACGAGCAGCGAGAACAGUUCCCCUUCUACAUCGGUAUCGUCUUCUCUGCCAUGGCCGUGGCCGCCGGCACUCCCCUUCAAGCCUGGCUCUUUGCCAAAGUCCUUGGUGUUUUCCUCCUUGAGGGCGGCGACAUCAAAAGCGAGAGCAACUUCUGGGGUCUUAUGUGGUUUGCCCUCGCCGGCGGCGUUGGCCUGUCGUAUUUCUGCGAGGGAUGGAUCGGCCUUCGUGUCCAAUACUGCGUCAGCGCAGCUUACAAGGCGCAGUAUCUCCACGACAUGCUCUACCAGACGCUCGCAUACUUUGAUGACGACGACAACUCCCACGGUUCCCUGAGCUCUCGCAUCUCGAGCGACGCGAAGCAGCUGGAGGAGCUUCUCGGCUUGAACCUCGCCUUCCUGAUCUCGGCCAUAUUCAACGUCACGGGCUGCAUCAUCAUUGCGCUCAUCUUUGGCUGGAAGCUUGGCCUGAUCGCCAUGUUUGUCGCCUUGCCUGUCAUGUUGGGUGCUGGCUUCUGGAAGUUCAGACAUGAAGUACAGUUUGACCAGAUGAACUCGGCUGUUUUUGCAGAAAGCUCGCAGUUUGCUACUGAAGCUAUCGGAGCUAUUCGAACAGUCUCGGCCCUCACUAUGGAAGACUCUAUCAACAACCGGUACCGACAGCUCUUGGACGGCCACGUCAAGGCUGCUAACAACAAGGCUCGUUGGACCUCGGCCAUCUUUGGGUUUGCGGAUAGUGCUGGUCUUGGAUGUCAGGCUCUGAUCUUCUGGUACGGCGGUAACCUUCUGGCCAAGGGAGAGUAUUCCAUGGAGGCCUUCUUUGUCUGUUUCAUCGCCAUCAUUCAGGGUGCCGAGGCUGCCAGUUUCGGAUUCGCCAUGGCACCCAACGCAGCGCAGGCAAAAGCUGCAGCCAACCGUAUCCUUGAUGUUCACCAGUCGGCAGAUGUCGAGGAAUCUCAUUCCAAGGGCCGGAAGGGAGGUAUCGCUGACACAGAAGGUGGCGUCAAGAUUGAACUGAAGAACGCGUCGUUCAAGUAUCCCACGCGAGAUGUUCCCGUCUUCAAGUCCCUGAGCCUGACCAUCGAGAAGGGUCAGUACGCAGCCUUCGUUGGUCCAUCUGGAUGUGGAAAAACCACCAUAAUUUCUCUUCUCGAGCGCUUCUACGAUCUGGAACCCAACAAGGGCGCCCUUCUCUGCAAUGGCACCAACAUCAAUGACCUCAACAUCUACGAGUACCGAGACAACCUAUCCCUUGUGCCCCAAGAACCCACAAUGUUCAGAGGAACUAUCAGAGACAACAUCCUCUUCGGUAUCGCUGACCCAAGCUCCAUCUCCGAGGAAAGAAUCCACGAAGUCUGCCGUGACGCCUUUAUCCACGACUUUAUCGUCUCUCUUCCCGAAGGUUACAACACCGAUGUCGGCAACAGAGGCGUUUCCAUGUCUGGAGGCCAGAAGCAGCGAAUCGCCAUCGCCCGUGCCUUGAUCCGAGACCCCAAGAUUUUGCUACUCGACGAAGCAACCUCUGCCCUUGACUCCGAGUCCGAAAAGAUAGUUCAGGCUGCUUUUGAAAAGGCUCGCAAGGGACGCACAAUGAUUGCCGUGGCGCAUCGGCUUGCGACUAUUCAGAAUGCCGAUAUCAUUUUCGUGUUUGAUCAGGGGAGGGUGGUUGAAAAGGGUACUCAUACGGAGCUUAUCAACAAGCAGGGCGUCUAUUUCGAAAUGUGCCAAAGUCAAGCAUUGGAUCAGUAG